CAUGCCCUUGGCGCUUGCUUCAAGCCAUACAAAGCCUUCUUCAAUUUCAAGACUUUUUCUUCAUGUCCCUUGACAACAUAUCCCAAUGAUUGUUGAAGACAAAACUAGAGGCUUUAUGCUAGUGUGCUUGUAUGUUGAUGACUUGAUCUUCACCAGCAAUAAUGCAAACAUCUUUGAAGAAUUUAAGAAGGCAAUGACUCAAGAAUUUGAGAUGACCGACAUUGGUCUCAUGUCCUACGACCUUGGAAUUGAGGUAAAGCAAAAUGAAGAUGGGAUUUUCAUUUCUCAAGAAGCUUAUGCAAAGAAAGUUCUUGAGAAAUUUGAAAUGGCAAAUUGCAAGCCGGUAAGCACCCCCAUUGCUUGUGGAACUCGAUUGUCGAAGUACGAUGAAAGUACAAAGGUGGAUCCAUCUUUGUAUAGAAGCCUUGUUGGAAAUCUGAGAUAUUUGACUUGCACACGGCCAGACAUUCUCUAUGGUGUUGGUCUUGUGAGUCGGUACAUGGAGGCACCUACUUCAACACACAUGAAGAUGGCCAAGAGAGUACUUCGAUACAUCAAAGGUACUAUUGAUUAUGGCCUAACUUAUUCUUUUUCCACAAAUUUCAAACUCUAUGGCUACAGUGAUAAUGACUGGGGUGGUGAUGUUGAUGAUCAGAAAAGCACCACCGGCUUUCUAUUUUUCUUGGGUGACACUGCUUUCACUUGGUGUUCAAAAAAGCAAGCCAUUGUAACUCUCUCUACUUGUGAAGCUGAAUUUGUUUCUGCUGCAUCAUGUGUCUGUCAUGCAAUUUGGCUAAGGAACUUGUUGGAGAUGCUGCACAUACCUCAAGAUGAAGCUACAACCAUUUACAUAGAUAACAAGUCAGCUAUUGCUUUGGGAAAGAAUCCAAUGUUUCAUGAUCGAAGCAAGCAUAUAGACACCAGAUAUCACUUCAUAAGGGAGUGCAUUGAGAGGAAAGAUGUAAAGCUUGCCUACGUGAAGACUAAUGAUCAAAUUGCAGAUAUUUUCACUAAGGGACUGAAGUUUGAAGAUUUUGCAAGACUGCAUGCUUGGAUUCGAGUGACCAGAGGUGAUCAAGUUUAAGGGGGGGUGUUGGAAAAAUAAACUUGAUUUAUUAAUCUCCUAUUUUUAGUCAUGUACCUGCAUAGUUAACGUGCCAGCGUAGUUCAUGUAGCCAUUUAUUUUAUCUUUACAGUUUCUAAGAGUUGCAUUUGACUGUUUUGGGUUUUGAGUCUUUUGUGCCUAUAAAAUGGCUUGUGCUUG